AUGGCCGACGUGGCCGUUACAGAGGUGGAAGUGCCUGCUCCCGACGCGGCAGCAGCAGUGCCCAGACCACAGUCUACAGAAAUGACGAUUCGCCGAGCAGAGGCACCGUCUCCUGUCGAGAGGCCCUCUCAAUCAGCGCCCGGCGACGAACGCGACGAACCACAGGCAGAGACUGUAGUGCAACAAACGCCUGCAGCGGCGGCGCCUUCAGAAGCAGGCCACAUGCCAACGCCAGUAUCCGAUGAACCUAGUGUGGAAACGCGACCCGGGUGA